UUUUAUAUGAAUAAAAUCAACUACUGUGGAAACUGCUUCAAGACAUUUACUCAGAGUCCAAGACCACACACCUCGCUCGACACCUUUUCAGAUUUCCAAAACAACAGCUCUAAUUCUCAAACCAAAAGAACACCUAAAUCUCCACAAUCCCCAUUCAAAUCUCCAAUAGACCAAAUUUCUUCACCUCUAAUCACAAUCAACCCUGAUCUGCCUUACAGAGAUCCUAAGAACACCUUAUGCAAGGACUGCUUACCUUUAUUCACAAAAAGCCCUAACAGCGGCUUAAAGAAGACAACUUCAACGCUCCACAAGUUAAAAUAAGCCAUCAAAUUUAAGCCCAAACCAGGAGGUGCAACAUAAUAAGAAGAGGUCGCAUAGUACAAACCUAAAGCGGAGAAUUCGUCCUAAUAAACCUGAGAAGAAUGAGAAAGAAGACAAAGACUUCUUUCUAAGUAAGAAUGAAGAUGAAAUCAACUCUGUCAGUGAAUCUCAAAGUCAACUGAAUUUGAUAAGAAAUACAAUAGCAAAGGAUAUCUUCAGAGAUGAGCAUUCUUUUGAAGGAAAGACUAUUUCUUGAAAAAUCCAUCCAGAGAAAUAAUGUUGAAUAUAUUUGUAAAACAGAGAGAAUGGCUCUGUGCUCAAAAUGUCUUUACAGUCAUUAUAAAGAAGGACAUCAGAUCACUUGUAUUAAGGAGAUUUUUAAAAAUAUGAACACAAUGAUAAGUGAAAUGGAAGAAAAAGUACUUGAAACAGUAAAGAGAAACAAAGAGAACCUUCGGGAUAGUGAAUCGAAACUAGAAUCCUUCGUUAGCAACAAAUAUCACUUACUCCAAAACAUCAAAACUGUUAAAUCUUUCCUGGUGUACAAUUACAUGAGUAUUGAUAAAUAAGCUUCAAAAAAUCCAACAGACUAUAGUUGAUGAAUCAAAGCAACAAGAAGAUGAUUUAAACAUAAAGAUUAAGAGACUCAACUUUCAGAUUAACAAAAAUGCUCAAUUUCUUGAUAAUCUUGAGCAAGUAAAGCAAAAAUUAGAGAACAGAAGUGAUGGCCACCAAGCAUCUCAAAAGAAAUUUGCAAAUCACAUCAGAAAUGUUCUUAAGGCAGGAAGACUUGUAAAUGAAUACAGAACUUUGGAUCUUUCAGAGAAAUUCAAGGUGAGCUUUGACCAAGAGCUUUCCCAAGCUAAGAAAAAAUUCUCAGACCUAAAACUCAACCUUGAGCAUGACACUAAGAAGGAAAUUGAUGAACUUCUUAAGAAUAUUUCAGAGAUCAACAAGAAGGCAGGAAUCGAUAUCGAAGUAGAGCCACUUCAGGAUAAGAUUAGUGAUGAUAGGAUUAGAAUUCCAAGAUGGAUGACCAAAACCAUAGCUGAGUUUGUUGAUGAAGAAUGGAAGAUUCAUUCUAUUAACAUGAAAACUCAUUUCUUCCCAUUCUCUAGAACUGUAUAUUUACCUAAUAAUGACUUUUUGGUCAUUGGAGGUCUGAAUCAGAUUGUUGAGGAUAAGCCAAAGUUUAGUGACCAAGUCCUUAAGGUGAGCGAGGUGAUCAUCAGCCCAUUCCAAAACUUUUUCACUGUUAAUGAGAGCCCACAUAUGAAGAGACCCAGAGGAUGCUUUGCUUCUGUGUUUGAGAAUGGAUGUGUCUAUGUUCUAGGAGGGUUUAAUUACUUUGAUAAGGAACUUAGAGCAUGUGAAAGACUAGAUACCCAAGGUGAAAACAAAUGGGAAGAAAUAGCAAAAAUGACAUAUUCUAGGAAAAACCCAAGUGCAUGUUCAGUCGGAAGUAAAAUUUAUGUUUUUGGAGGAGGAAAUGUCAAAUGUGAAGGGUCAAACACUAUCGAGCAAUAUACUAUCGACAAAAAUUGUUGGAAUUUGCUGAAGUAUAGAAUUAGUAAGAAAGUCGCCAACUGUAUCUCUACCAAAGUUUCAGAUAGCAAAAUUCUAAUCCUUGGAGGAAGCGUAUACGACUCACCUGAAGAUAUUGCUAAGUCACCUUAUGUAUUUAUGUUCAAUUAUGUUGGACACAAAUCAAUCAAGCAAAUCAAGGAUGCUCCAAUGGAGAUAUUCUCUAUUUAUCCUCCGUUCAUAAAAAAAGGAGAAGAUGAUAUGCUUUACAUAGUAAAUGAAGAUGACAAGAAUAAUGAACUUAACAUUGUAAAAUACUCUGUUGACAAGUUCUUAAUCAACUUAAGAUAAUUUGCAAAAUGAAUUAUUUCAAUCAUGA